GUAACAUUUGCUGGAAUGCCGAUAUGUUGCCGUUUGGUUUCUGGAAACCGUUUCACCCCUGAAUCAGAGCUACAUAAACAAUGCACAUUGCUGCCAAGAGAAAAUAAGAAGCGUUCCUGCAUAACGGUGGUUUCUCGAUUGUCCCAAUUUCCAGUUCGAAGAACACAUAGUUUUACAGUUUUGCCCUGCAUGCAUCAUUCAGAAAACUAUAUCACACACCGAAGUUUGUGCUGGAUCCAAUCUGCAGCAAAGGAAAGUAUCGCUCAUUUCUGCAUUGUGAGAUUUAAUGAACGAGUAAAGGAAAAGCAGCCUUCCAGCAGCUAACGAAACAAUAAACAACGUAUAAGAUGCCGGAUGUUUUAGUCUUAUGUGCUGCAACGCAAUACUAGAUGCAGGAAGUGAUGCGAAACGUCCGCAAUGAGAAGGUAGAACGUGAAGCGAACAGAAUGAGUAAUGAAAGGACUCUUGGGAGUAACGAGUCUUCCGCUUCACACUACCGCGACACAACCGAACAUGACGCCGUAAACAAUCGGUUCAUCGAGAAACAGGUACCGGAAAUAGUGUUCUGCCUGUCGUGUCGCUCCCAGGUCAGCGUAUCGUUGCCAAACGACAUUAUUCAACAUUAUAUGAACCGCCGGCACGAGCCGUGCUGUCGCUGUCUGUACUGCAACGGGCCUAUGUAUCGGUACAGAGAUAGCAAGGGUAAGGUGCAGUACUAUCACGAUUGUCACCGAUGCAAGCGCUUUCUGGACGCUUCCUAGCCGUCCCAAAGAACGGAAACAUAUUUAUCGAAUAAAAGUUGUUUUCUCAUAAACUGAAAUCGUUCCAAACGUUAAACU